ACAAGAGUUCUCUAUGGCGUGAUAAAGUCGGUCAGAUUUAUCUUACGAUGUGUUUGUUGUCAGCUGUUCUUCGACAUAGAGAUCUAAGUAAAAAGUAUGUUGUAGUUCUGAAGUAAUCAUCAUUUGAGAUAAACUCUCAAACAUUCCAUUAUUUGACGUGAAGCGUUUCUUAAGGAGCUUCUAAACUUGGUAAAGUGUAAACAAUAUUGACGAAACUAACACGCAGCCGACCAAAUAACACAAGUUCACAACUGAACUUGCCUUGGCUGAUUGUUAGAGAAAGAAGGCCAAAAUGGGCAGUUUAAAAAGCUUAAUAGCAAGAGGAUCUGUACUAUUUUUUAUUGGGGUAUUUUUUGCCCUUGUCCUCAACUUACUGCAAGUUCAGAGGCAGGUUACAGUAUUUCCGCCUGAGGUGCUAGCAAGUUUAUUUUCAUCUGCAUGGUGGGUUCCACCUAGUUGUGGCACAGCUGCAGCUGUUAUUGGACUUCUCUAUCCCUGCCUUGAUAAGCAGCUUGGUGAAGAGCUACGCUACAAAAGAGAAUGGAGCAGUGUGAUGAGAUGUGUCGCUGUUUUUGUUGGCAUCAAUCAUGCUAGUGCUAAAAUUGAUUUUGCCAACAACAUUCAGCUGUCUGUCAGUCUAGCAGCCAUGUCUAUAGGGCUGUGGUGGCUGUUUGAUCGCUCUAGGUCUGGUUUUGGAUUAGGUGUUGGAAUUGCAGUAUUGGCAACCUUUGUUACCCAGCUUCUAGUCUACAAUGAUGUUUACAGAUACACUGAGCCAGAUUUUCUGUUUGUGCGCUCAUGGCUGCCCUGUGUCUUUUUCUCAGGAGGGGUAACUAUGGGCAAUAUUGGCAGACAGCUCGCCUCAGUAAGUUCAUAUGAUAGUGAGUCUUCCGGCGAGCAGAGAGUGAAACAAGAGUAACUACACCCAGAUACUUCAGUCUUAAACAAUAGCAUUGUCUUGUAAGUUGCACCGACGGCACUGCGAGAUUUUCUCAAAGAAUCACUUGUGGCACUUCCUGGAUACUUCCUAUGCAAUACAUAGACAGAUGUUUACAGUAAUCCAUGGUGCACACACAUCCUUCCACAGCCUCAUAAACCACUUUAUAUUAUAACAUAUUGUUAUUAAAGUUUGGGGUCAUUGUUGCUAUCAUUGGGUUAGACUUGGAUACGGUUCCUAUUUCAUAGAGUUGGUCUCUUACGUUCAUGAUUUGAAUCUUCGUUUCAGAUGAGAUACUGGCCUUUUGAAAAUAUUUAUGCCCAACAAUUUGGACUUUACACAAAGUGUUUUGUUUACAAAUUUGUGGGUUAACUCGAGUUCUUAAACCAAAGUUGGAUACAUUUAUUGGUAAUGGCUGCAACUUGUCUCAGCAGUCUUUAUUUUAUAAAUUAUUGCAGUUGUCGAACUUGUAUGGUAAAAAAUUUUUUUUUUU